UCGAGAGCCAGCUUGAGUAGCUGCUGCAAAGAUCGUGAGGAGCAGUUCUCAGAGAUCGAGGCGAAGGGAGAUAACUAGAGGGAGGGAGAGAACUAGAGAGAGACGGCUUGCCGAUUUUUCUCCCUGGUUUGUGGCAGGCAUGGCGUCAGAACCAGGCACCCAGUCCAGGGUGAUGUUUCAGACCAAAGAACAGGAGCCACCUCAUCGCAAACUGGGCAAACUAACUGUGAAAUACAAUCGCAAAGACCUCCAGAGGAGACUGGACAUUGAGGAGUGGAUUGAUGGGCAGCUGCACCUGCUCUUUGACUGUGAGGAGGAAGAGAUUCCUGAGCUGGAGAUAGACAUUGAUGAACUUUUAGAGCUAACAGAUGAAGAACAGAGGACCAGACUACAUGAGCUAUUGCAAGAAUGUGGAAAGCCGAAAGAGGACUUUAUCAACGGGUUGCUUUAUCGGAUGAAGGGCCUUCGCAAAAUGUCCGGACCCCUCAAGAAAUAAUCCUAGGUCAAAUUCCACAACCAAAAUAAUGUAAAUGACUGCAUCACUAAAAAUCCAGUUUUAUCUGUAUGAGUUGGAUAUUUGUUGUCAAAUUAUGUAGAAACACUGAAUACCCUUGAACUAAAGGGUCAGUAAGAGAGCUGUCCAUAAAUGAUGUUUUUUGUGUAAUUGUUUAUGUACAGUUCUGACACUUCUUCCAGCAGACACAACACUGCAUCAUGGAUAAUAUUGUAUUGUGUACUACUUCAUGUUUUUGUGACUUGAACAUUUUGGUUGUAUAUUUAUAUGUUUUUGUUCUGAAACGCAUAUGUGACCAUAAACAAUAACUUUUCAACUGUA